CCAGUAACAAUGGCAUUUCCAGAAAUUUUAGUUGUGUUCGCGGUGUUCGCAAUGUGUGCUGCGGCGCCGAGUGAUCCCUGCUUUAACUACGGGGACGCGCCUAAUUCCAGCAGAGGUGACAAAAAAGACACCAAUUUGAACAUAAUGGACGCCGGAUUAGCGUUGCACCGUCCUCAGUCAGCUUCCUCCCGUCAAGAAGAGGAAUUGAUCCAGAAGAGUACGCGUGCUCUCGCCAACACAACUGAUCCGUUGGAGAAGCUGCGUCUGCUUUGUCUCUCACGCGGCGCUUCUGGCAUCGUUGGUCUUGGAAGAAUUUUCCGACGAAUGGACGAUGAUGGAAGCAAGCAACUCAACAAAGAGGAGUUCCUCAACGGCAUCAAGGAAACUGGAUUGGAAAUAAGCAAAGAGGAAGCUGAAGAACUAUUCGCAAAAUUCGACACGGAUAAGAGCGGCUCAAUCAGUCUCGACGAGUUUCUCAUUCAGAUACGACCACCAAUGUCAGAAUCUCGUCGCGCUAUCGUCGAGCAAGCGUUCAAGAAACUCGACAAGUCAGGCGACGGCGUCAUCACCAUCGACGACGUCCGCGGAGUUUACUCUGUUACUGCACAUCCUAGAUACAUGAGUGGUGAGGAUUCAGCUGAUACAAUCCUGAACAAGUUCCUCGCUAACUUUGAAACUGAAGGGUCCAUCGACGGAAAGAUAACACUCGAAGAGUUUAUGAAUUACUACAGCGGUAUAAGCGUUUCCAUCGACAAUGACUGCUAUUUCGACCUGAUGAUGCGUAAGGCUUAUAAGCUGUAAGGCAACGUGUAUAUCAUUCUUUCUCGCUCUCUUACACAUUACAUACGUACAGAGCGAAAAGAUAGUAUAUAUAUCAAGUGCACCAAUUCCGUGUUUACUUUACUAAUAUCGAUGUUAUAAAUAUUACUAAUAAUAUUAUUUAAAUUAUCGUGUGACAACUAUUAUAUCUAAUAAAAACUUAUUUUAA